AUGGCUGCCGCAUAUCCUGCCAUUCAGGCUCAAGCCAACAUGCAGAAGCCAGAAGGACUGGAUUUGUAUGCUCGAUUCGCGCUCGCUGGUGCUUUGGGUUGCUCCAUAACUCACGCUGUCUUCACGCCCAUCGAUGUUGUCAAGACGAAGAUCCAGCUUGAACCAGCAACCUAUAACCGCGGUAUGAUCACGGGUUUCCGCCAACUGAUACGCAACGAAGGUGUAGGUUCUCUACUCACAGGUCUGGGCCCGACAUUCACCGGCUACUUUAUCCAAGGAGGCGUCAAGUUCGGCCUGUAUGAACUCUUCAAGAAACAAUCGAUUGACAUCCUUGGAAUCGAGAAAGCUAGAAGAAAUCGUACGGCAGUCUACUCCGUUUCGGCAGCCUGUGCUGAAUGUUGUUCUGCUGUCACACUUUGUCCCGCGGAAGCUACGCGUAUCCGACUCGUGUCCGUGCCUGGCUUCGCCAACGGGUUGGUAGGUGGUUUUAGCAAGAUUCUGAAGCAUGAGGGUGUUGGUGCAUUAUACUCCGGAUUCGGCCCAAUCUUGUUCAAACAAGUUCCUUAUACGGUUACAAAAUUCGUUUCAUUCGAAAAGAUUUCCGAGUUCUUCUUCGCCCGUCUCGACAACUCCAAGACCGGCACUACCCAGCUCAUGAUUAACAUGGGAUCCGGUCUCUUAUCAGGUUGUGCCGCGGCUGUCAUCUCGCAACCAGCUGACACCAUGCUGUCCAAAAUCAACAAGACAAAGGGAUUGCCUGGUGAAAGUACCGCGUUUCGUCUGUACAAGAUUGCGGGCGAGCUUGGACUCCGUGGUUCAUUUUCUGGGCUUCCGGCACGUCUGUUUAUGAUUGGUGGGCUCACCGCUGGCCAGUUUGCCAUCUAUGGCAGCAUUAAAACGGCUCUGGGUAUGGAUAUUUGGCUUUCUAUCCAUGUCUAA